AUGAAAACAAGCUUAUUAACUAUUAUUGCAUUGGCACUCACUUCCAAUGCCCUUUUUAUUCCAAAUUACAACGAUAUAAUUGAUGUCUUUAGGGUCGAAGUUGCUCCAAAGGGCCAUAUCCAACAACAAGACGCUAUUACACUUGCUCCUUUGGUUUCCCAUGAACAAGGUAUAGAAAACAAAUAUAUUGUUGUGCUUAAAUCCGGUGCUUCUACUGACGAAUUCAAGAUUGAAGGGAUUAUGGAUGGUAUUUUAGACCGUUUUGACAUUGAUGGAUUCUUGGGAUUUACUGGUCAGUUCACAAAGCCUGCUAUUGAAUUGUUAAGAAGAAACCCAUUGGUUGACUUCAUUGAAGAAGAUAGUGUUGUUCACACUAAUGAAUUUGACAUUGAAAAGGGUGCUCCAUGGGGAUUGGCUAGAGUUUCUCAUAGACAACCAUUGUCAUUAUCUUCAUUUGAUCAAUAUUUGUAUGACACUGAAGGUGGUGAAGGUGUUACUUCAUAUGUUAUUGACACUGGUAUCAAUGUUAAACAUACUGAAUUUGAUGGCAGAGCCAUUUGGGGAAAAACCAUCCCCACUGGUGACGAUGAUUUGGAUGGUAAUGGACAUGGUACUCAUUGUGCUGGUACAAUUGCAUCCAAAGAUUAUGGUGUUGCUAAAAAGGCUGAAGUUGUUGCUAUCAAAGUCUUGAGAUCUAAUGGAUCUGGUUCAAUGUCUGAUGUUGUUAAAGGUAUUGAAUAUGCUGCUAAAGCUCACCAAGAUGCUGUUAAAAAGGGUAAGAAGGGAUUCAAAGGUUCUACUGCUAACAUGUCUCUUGGUGGUGGUAGAUCGCAAGCUUUAGAUUUGGCAGUCAAUGCAGCAGUUAAAGCUGGUCUUCAUUUCGCUGUCGCUGCCGGUAAUGAAACCCAAGAUGCUUGUAACACUUCUCCAGCUGCUGCCGAAGGAGCCAUUACUGUUGGUGCAUCAACCAUUUCCGAUGAAAGAGCCUACUUUUCAAACUAUGGUAAAUGUGUUGACAUUUUCGCUCCAGGUUUGAACAUCUUGUCUACUUAUAUUGGAUCCGACACUGCUACUGCCUACUUGUCAGGUACUUCAAUGGCAUCUCCACAUGUUGCUGGUUUAUUGUCAUACUAUCUCUCCUUACAACCAGGAUCCGAUUCUGAAUUCUUUGUUGCUUCUGAUGGUGUUACUCCAGCUCAAUUGAAGAAGAAUUUGAUUUCAUUUGGUACUGAGGGUGUUUUGGCUGAUAUUCCAGAAGAUACACCAAACAUCUUGGCAUUCAAUGGUGCUGGCCACAACUUGACUGAGUUCUGGAACCACAAGUAA